CUCUGGCUCUGCGUUGCAAUCUCGUCCUCGCUCGUACUUUCGCUUUCUUCUUUGCUUUUUUUAGUGCGACGAUCCGGCGGGAGAGGGAAUAAAAGCGAGAGAAACAGAGUUGGACGGAGAAAAGCCUAAGAGACCAGCAAGCAAAGUCUCCAGAGAGAGCUCUGAGUCUUACUGCAAAAAAAAUCGGACUGGCAGCAGUGCACCAAGAACCACAAUGGUGGAAGACUUCGAGGCAGCCAUUUCUCAGGGCCAAUUAGCAGGCGCUGUGUCGCAUGUGCUGGCAAAGCCACUGCACUUUUUCAACAGCACUCCGCUCCACAUUGCCGUAGUAGGAGAGCCCGGCUCCGGAAAGUCCUCCUUCAUCAAUGCCAUGCUGGGUCUUCGGGCCGAUGACCCACGUGCCGCUGCGACUGGCAUACAGAUGACGACUGUGCAGGUCAAGGAUUACCCACACCCGACACUUCCACAAGUGAUCCUUUGGGACCACCCCGGAAGGGGAACGCCAACUUUUGGGGAGGACAAACUUGAGAAGAAGGUCGAUUUGACUCACUUUGAUUUCUUCGUCAUCGUCGGCUCCCAGCGCUUCCGCUCCACCCAUUCUGACCUGGUCCGUGAGAUCCAAGAUAUGGGCAAGAGCUUCUACUUUGUGCGCACCAAAGCAGACCUGGACCUGUCGGCCGCCAAGAGGCAACAGCCAUCUGACUACAGUGAGAAGAAGGUCCUCUUGCACAUCCAGGAGGACUGCAAAGAGUGCUUGGUAAGAGAAGGAGUGAGGGACCCACAAGUCUUCAUCGUCUCCAGCUGGGAAGCCGACUGCUUUGACUUCCCCCUCCUGCAGGAAACGCUGAAGAACGAUCUCUUGCGGCUGAAGAGGCAAGCCUUUCUGCUCCGCUUCCCUAACAUCUGCCUGCCUAUCUUAGAGAAAAAGAAAACCACUGUGAAGGAGAAGAUUUGGACCAGAAGGCUUGUUUUGCUGGUCGCUUUUGGAAGCCCAGUUCCCUUCCUUCUUCCCAUAUUUCUGUUUAGUAAGUUCCGCUCCUGGUGCUUUCUAGACUUUGGCCUGGAUGAUCAAUCCCUUGCAGCUCUGGCCCAGCGGGUUGGAAAGACAAGCACAGCCCUUAAAGCAGCAGUGCAGUCGCUGGGAAUGUUCUCUGCCAUUUUAUGGGUUCUGCCAGACUUGGUGGGACUCUCCGUGAUGGCUUAUGAAUAUCACCGCUGGGAGCAUUUCCCCAUCUUUGGCUGCCUUCUGUCCAUUGGGAUUUCGCUUCCUCGCACCUACUUCAUGCUGCAGAAAUGCAUAUCGGGUGCUGCUGAUGAUACCCAGAGGGUUCUUUCCAAAGCUCUUGAGUCAGAGGGGAAAAAGUCCAUUUAGCAACAAGCAGAUGCACUAUGAUGACCAAAUGCUUGAUAUAUAUAGUAUCUGGUGAAUUAUACUUUGGGACAAAUGGACUUUUCCCUAUUCAUACUUCUUUCAGUCCACUAAUGAAUUGCUCUGUAUAUGAUGUCAGACUAGAAAAAACUAGUGACCUAUGUGAACUUGCUUGCCAGGAUGGUCUCAAGUUAGAAUUUAUGCAGGCUGCAGCAUUCACUUUCUCUCCUCCCCCCCCUCUCUCUCUCUAUAUAUAUAUGCUGCAUUUGCUUUUUUUCUUCAGGAACAAGAGUUAGCUCUGUAUCACAAGUCCCAUGCAACAUCUCUUUCAGAAUGUUCUUUCCCUCAUACACACUCAAACUGAAAGAGGGCAUUCAGCUAGACAGGAGCCUCCACACAGUGGCGUAGC